GAGAGGGGAGAUCCAGAGCGGUAAUUAUUCCCAUCUACAGACACUUGACAGAGAUUAUACCGCAUAACUCCGGCGCAUUGCGCAUUCUGAGAACUAGAAACUGAAUAGAUAACAUGUGAAUAUUUACAGAGAGUCCUCUACUGAGCAACGACUAAAACUGCACAAUGGAGGGAGACUAUGAAGGCAAAGAUUACCGGUACAAUUAUGGAAACCAUUCCGGGUACAAUGACUAUUAUGGGCAGUCAGAGUACUAUUCGGAAUACUAUCCUCACAAGUACAAGUUGAAAGCCGACUGGGAGAUUCCAAUCCGUGGACCUCUCACAUUUAUCAUCGCAAUCAUGACCAUCAUCACCAACGCGCUGCUUAUCUCGGUUUUUAUCUUCAGGAGCCACCGCUCCCCCACCACCAUUGUUCUCACUUCAUUGGCCAUUUCUGACACCAUCAUCUGCCUAACACGACUGCCGGAGUCAAUUUAUUUUAACAUGGCGGGAAACUACAAAAAUCUGUACAUGACCUACGGUUGGUGUGUUACAAACCAUGUACUCUAUGUCAUAUACAGCAUAUUUCGCAUGACCUCCAACUGGUUCACGGCCUUGUUGGGAUUGCAGCGUCUACUUGCCGUCUGCACUCCAUUUUAUUAUUCGAGGAUAUGCAACGCCAAGACAACAAUAAUAAAAGUAGCAGUCAUUGUGAUAAUCGCGGUGAUUGUGUAUCAAUAUGAAGCAUUCGGCAUCGAAAUAAAGAUACUCCCUAUCUACUCGUUUCAGAAUGAAUCAUUGCCCUCUGGAUGUAACAGAGUAAUUUCCCAAUCGCUGAUGAAUGUAGUAGGAGACAUUAAGAGAUCAAUGAUGGUGUAUUACAUUUUCUCUGGGUUUCUGACUCGCCUUCUUCCUGUUAUCAUACUCUUCAUAACCACUGUAGCACUUGCGCUGCUGCUACACCAGCGAAUCAUCAUUUUCAAAACCUCGGAUUCUUAUAAAAAGGAGCAACUCCGAAGGAUAAACAUGCUGGUCAUCGUCAUUCUCGUUGUUUUCCUUGUCGCAGAAAUCCAGGACGGCAUCGCAUUUCUGAUUUACGCCCACGAGUUGGCGACGGAUCAGAAACGAGGCGUAUUGUCCGAGGAAGCCGACAUUCUGUGGGACACCAUUUCAUCGACUCUCUCGUUACUUAGUUACGCGUGUAAUUUCUGGAUCUUCUUUCUGAUGAGCACACAGUUCCGGGCGUCUCUGUUAGACAUGCUGCAGUGCCGAAGCAAGAGGAUGAGAGGCAUGUUGAACCUGGAGAGUACUGACGGGAAGACGAACAGCUCGUUUACCAACGUUACCAUCAGGGACGACCGAAGCACGACCACCAUAUGAUGGACGACGAUCCAGAAGAAACCGGAAAGGGAAGAGUUUAAAGAUAGGGAUCAAAUUAACACAUCCCACUAAAAACAUGCAAAUUUAUCAUUAUCAGACAUUUGAUAUGAAGGUGCCGGAUGCCUUAUAAUGUUUUUCAAUUUUAAUUCUUAUCAUCAUUGAACGUGUGGUUUUUAGGUGCCGGAUACCUUAUUGUUAAUGUUCGUGUAUGUGUGUAUCAACAUUGCUUUAAUGUUUGCGAAUGAUUGAACGGCUUUGAAAAAGAAGAAGUUGAACCUUUUCCCAAUUGAGGAUAUAACUGGUAAACGCGUUGUUAUGCAAGUAUUCUUCUGACAUUAAACUUUUUCAUUUUCA